AUGUCGAAGCUAAGGUUUGCAUUUAUCAUCGAUGGAAAAGAUUUUACGGUUGCUACAGAACAUGCCGUACAGGAGAGGGCAGCGACUGACUCAGAGGACGACCAUGCCUUAGCGCAUUUGAUCGAGGUUGCGAAUCGUAAUCCGGAAGUUUGUGUUGUACUGGAUGAACAUGGACAUCUAUCUGCAUGGGGCCUGGAAAAUGUUGGGUCUAAAAUAAAACAACCAACGAAUAUUUUUAACAUUGCACAUAUCGAUGGUGUGGAAUUGUGUUUACCAACGGAACUGGCCGAGGAUACCAGCUAUGUUCAGCUCUAUAAUUUCUGCAACCAGUCUGGCGGGAAUCUCAAUGUUCUAGUCCACCAUUUUGAUGGUAAAAUUGAGUUUUUUGAGACUGAUGUAGCCAAUUUGUUUGAUCCUUCACCAAGAACGCAACGCCUCAAAUCGAAAGCACUAUGGACGGGUCAUUCAGGUCCUGUCAAGAAAAUUGUGCGUAAUGUUAGUGGACGAGCAGUAGUAUCUCGCACAGAUGGCAAUGAAAGUAUAGUUUGGAAGCAUAUGGAACAUGCGGGCGGAACCUCAGUAUUUCGUCAAAGUAUCAUCUCACAAACUGAGCAUGUUCAUAGGAUAUGUGUUAUGAGAAAAGGAAAUUUCGUGAUAUAUUUACACCACGAUCAUAUUACUCUGUGGGAUACAAGACAUUCCGCGGCGGUCAAACUAGCGGACUGUAAGUUUUCUGUCAUGGGGAAGCCGCUGUGCAUACUCAUGCUACCUGAGGUCAAUAAGGAGGGUCCUGUCGCUCAUGUCGCUACAAUUACAUCGAAGAUGAAGGGUAUUGUAUGGGAGGUCAAGCUGCCCCAAAGGAGGGAAAGUCUUCAAAUCAAUGGGGAUCAUCAAGAAGCUUCCAUUCGUGAAUUCUGUCAAUUCGACCUUGGAGACAAUGACGAUUUAGCAUAUGUUUUACCUGUGGAUCCAGCUGGAUCUCCUCCCGUCAUCUCCGGAUUUUUGGACACUUUUGCGAGAGAUAUUGCUAUCUCCUAUACGCAUUCUGGACUUUUAAGAUCUUGGACCGCCCGGAUUGACUUCGAAAAAGAAAAGGUUGACUGGCUACAGACUUGUUCGGUAGACACAGGUAUCAGCGAGCCUGCUCUAGCUAGUGGAAGCUCUUUACGAAAAGCUGCACUCGUGAACUCAACUAGAUCUGAGUUAACAAUAUGGGACGUCCGAGGUGCCCGACUUGAGUAUUCUCAGGACUAUGAAUCCCAGGAUACAAUUCAGGAUCUGGAUUGGACUUCAACUCCGGACGAUCAAUCCAUUCUUGCUGUAGGCUUCCGUUAUCGAGUUGUAUUAUUGGCACAAAUGCGAUACGAUUAUUUGGAUAAAGGGCCAGCCUGGGCAGCAAUUCGAGAAGUUAAUAUUCGAGAUUUGACAGCCCACCCAAUUGGUGAUUCAACCUGGUUAGGAGGUGGUAACUUCAUUGUUGGAGCAGGUAAUCAGUUGUUCGUUUAUGAUAAGGAGGUCGACUCGUCAGCAUCAAUAGUCUUACCUUACCGCAAAACUCCUUGGGACCUCUUUGACAUUGUUUCUAGAUUAAACGGCCCACUUCCGGUUUAUCAUCCACAAUUCUUGAGCCAAUACAUACUUGCCGGCAAGAAUUUAUUAGUGCAGCAUAUUUUGUUGGCACUAUACAAGAUCCUUAAAUAUUACAUUGAGGGUGAAGCAAUCGACUCACACCUCGGAAUGAACAUAGAAGAUUUCUACAUUGGCUCGGUCAAUGUGUCUUCGGCUAGUAAAGGAAUUAGAUCUGCAUUUGAUGGCCUUUCCGACGAUGACGAGGUGGAGACAGUUACGGAAGACGUUGCUGCUUCCAUAACAGAGAAAUUGACGCAGAUUGCGCUGCCUCAGCUUUCGAGGCAGGAACAAAUUCACCUGGCUGAUAUUGUUGAAUGUGUCGGUAUUGUUGAACGUCAGCGUAGAUCUAUGGAUGACAAUGCUGCAAGAUUUAUGCUAUUCUUUAGGCAGCAUGUCUUACGUCGUGGUCGUGCGAAUGAGCUGAGUCUGUCUUGGAGGGAGAUCAAUUGGGCAUACCAUAGUAAUAGUCAGGAUAUCCUGGCAGAUAUGGUCUCACGACAAUUCCAUGGAAGGAUGCUUUGGGAACAUGCACGGGAGAGUGGUAUCUUUAUGUGGAUGACGGAUGCAAAUGCUCUGAAAGCUCAAUUUGAAGUCAUUGCACGGAAUGAAUACACAAAGAACGAUCUCAAAAACCCCAUAGAUUGCAGUUUGUAUUAUCUUGCGCUGAAGAAAAAGGCGGUACUUCAAGGUCUAUGGCGCAUGGCUGCGUGGAAUCGUGAACAAGGCGCUACGACAAGACUCCUAGCGAAUAAUUUUUCUGAAAAGAAGUGGCGGACUGCUGCAAUGAAGAAUGCAUAUGCUUUGCUUGGGAAGCGUCGGUUUGAAUAUGCUGCGGCUUUCUUCUUAUUGGCAGAUUGCCUCAAAGAUGCCAUCAACGUGAUUCUGAGUCAGCUCAAAGAUCUUCAACUUGCGAUAGCAGUCACCCGUGUAUAUGAGGGUGAACACGGUCCUAUUCUCAAAGAACUUCUUGAAGAAAAGGUUCUGCCAUUAGCUGCUCAGGAAGGUAACCGAUGGCUUGCAUCGUGGGCUUUCUGGAUGCUGCAUCGUCGUGAUAUGGCUGUGCGAGCCUUGAUCUCGCCAGUUUACACUCUACUUGAAAGUCCACAAUCACCUGAUCUCCAAGCAAAACUUUUCCUAACCGAUGAUCCUGCUCUAGUUGUUCUUUACUCGCAGCUUCGUCAAAAGACCUUACAGACCCUACGUGGCGCAUCCAAAGUCACUCCAAAGGUCGAAUGGGCUUUCGUAUUGCACAAUUCAAGACUAUAUGAUCGCAUGGGCUGUGAUUUAUUGGCAUUGGAUUUGGUGAGGAAUUGGGAGUUCAUGCUCCCAACCAAACUAGACUUUAAGAGUUUCGAUGGUGAAAUAAAUCCCAGAAAGAUGUUGAGAAGAAGGAGCUCGCUAGUUGUGGCCGACUUGCCUAUUAGUGGAAUUGGACCGGCAGCGGCGGAUACAAAAGACGCAAUAGUUAUACAUGGCCCAAACUCAUAA